GGUCACAUUUUUUUUAAAUCCCAACCAUUUCGAGCGGGUGAACUUUAUGGGAAGAGGGUAUUAAGCCAAAAAUCCAACCAGUAAAUCCAACGCUGUGAAAUAUCACAAGACUUGAAUCGGACAUGGGCAAGGACUGUGGGCAAUUGUAUCCUUCUCCUGCUCAGCACCCAGAAUAUGUAAGAUUGCUACAAAAAGAGAAGAACGCUAUCCCAUACCGAUUAGUACUCUUCUGCAUUGCCUGCAGUCUUUCGGUUUGGUCGUUUUAUGCUUUAACUUCCUCGAAUUUAAACUGGAAAACUCGGCAGCUUCACAACCAGUUGGGCCACUACCCUCAGAGGCGUGAUGAGUUGGCAAUGUACCCUGUAGAAGAGCUAAACGUUUUUAUGGAGUUCCGUGACAAAAGUACCAGUGAGGGGGUGAGUUUCACGGAGAUGGAACAGAUAAAUAUUAAGGAGGCUAUGGGGUCUCUGCAAUUGGCCAAAAAGAUGUACAGGGCGGGAAAGGAUGAUAAGGCUUUGCGUCUAUACGAACAUGCUCUUGCGCUUUCUCCCCGAUUUCCUGAAGUUCUGCUUCGCUACGGCGAAUUCCUAGAGCUCAGACAGCGAAACAUUAUUCAGGCGGAUCAGUACUACUUUCGGGCCCUGACCAUUAAUCCUACAAAUUCCGAGGCGCUAACUAAUCGUCAGCGAACUGCUGACGAGGUUGAUAAUCUCGAUAAGCGCCGUUUAAAGUUUUUGGACUUAAAAAGAGAUGCCCUAUCUGCUAUCCACGAGUCUAACGCCGCCCUUCGUCGGGCGAAAAAGGAAGCAUAUUUUCAGCACAUCUACCACUCAGUAGGCAUCGAGGGAAACACUUUAACUUUGGCUCAGACUCGGUCUAUCUUAGAAACUCGCAUGGCUAUACAUGGCAAAUCCAUCGACGAACAAAACGAGAUCUUAGGAAUGGAUUUGGCUAUGAAGUACAUUAACGCUAUUCUGGUGCAAAAACUAGAAAUCACUAUAAAGGACAUUCUUGAGCUGCACCGUCGAGUUUUAGGACAUGUCGACCCAAUUGAAGGUGGCGAGUUUCGUCGUAAUCAAGUGUAUGUGGGGGGUCACGUACCUCCUGGUCCGGGGGAUCUUUUACUGUUAAUGCAACGCUUUCUGCGAUGGGUAAACUCGGAACACAGAAGUUCACUUCAUCCCGUUAACUAUGCAGCCCUCGCACACUACAAGCUGGUCCACAUUCAUCCUUUCAUCGAUGGGAACGGACGUUCUUCACGUUUGCUAAUGAAUACUAUAUUAAUGCGAGCAGGCUACCCACCUGUUAUCAUACCAAAGCAGCAGCGUAGAAAAUAUUACCAUUUUCUUAAAUUUGCCAACAAAGGUGAUAUUCGGCCCUUUAUGCGGUUUAUCGCAGAUUGCACGGAGAAAACGCUAGACCUAUAUUUAUGGGCUGUCAGUGACCUUCCUCAACAGAUUCCUAUGCUCAUCCAGACUGAAAGUGAAGACGGAGAUCGUCUGGCUCAAAUUCAGUCUUUUUCUGAAAAGUAUCAAAGGUCAUCAAUAUUGGAAUUCUUCGAGUCCGGGACUGGAUCCAUACCAUGAUCUUAGUAUAUUACAAAAAAGUAUCCAUAUGUUUUUAUUUAUUCCUUUCUUAGCUUUGUUCUGUUAAUUUGCGUAGAUUAGGAACUCUUUAUAUCACAUUAUUCUAAUAAACAAAAUAAUGAUGAAAUACUGCAUAA